AUAUAUUCUCUCUCCUGUAAAUACUGUUUAUCCAAAAUUUAAAGCUCUUACUUUUUUUUUUUUGGGUGUGUAUACAUAUUGGUUCUUCAAUCAAUUGCUAGCAUUUUUGUUGUUUCUAUCUGACAAAGAGUUUUCCCGCAUCAGGUUCCAUGAUGCAGAGAUUCGUUGACGGCGUUCUAGCCAUCGCAAAAGAGUCGGUGAAAGCAUUUACCUAUGAAUGUUUAAACAAUAUCGUGAGGUUUAUCAAUGGGUUUUCAGCCCUUGUUUUGUCAAUAUUGCCUGGGAAGAAAAACAUUCUUGAAGGUAUACAUGGCUGGGAGCUGACGCCUACAUUUCAUGGACCUAGAUUUCCAAGAUGGAUGGAGAAUGGUGUGUCUUCUUUCAACCAAUUCAUCCAUGAGUUAUCUGUAGAGUCGAAUUCUCCUUCAAGUUCAGAUUAUGGAUCCAGCGAAGAAGAUCAUGAUGAUAGCUCCCUUCCUUCCACUCCAAAUUCUAAUGCUUCACGCCUAUCAAGGGAUAAUAGUUUUGGAAGGCAUAGUAGACAUCCUACACCUUUUAUUAAACACGUACUUUCAUGGGCUUUGUGGCCAGCAGCAUUCAUUUUUGCUAUUCCAUAUCGUAUUUUUCAUCCAUCGGAAUCCAGGAGACCUAAACCUUCUACACUGAAUAGCUCAGGAAGCUUCCGGACUUCUAGUAUGAAUUCUCCUAGGAGACGCAUGAAAGACCAUGUUGUUCCCCAUGCAACAGAUAGGAGGCGUGGAGUUGUUGAGGACAUCCAGCUUGCAAUUGAGAUCUUUAUUGAAGCCAUUUUUGAUGUCCUUCAUAAAGCAGCACAUUAUUCCCUGUCACCUUUUGCCACAUCUCAAGAAUUGUGGAGAUGGUUCUUUUCUGAUCACAGAGGAAGCAGGGAAGAUUUUUCUGGCUCUGGUGAUUUGAAUGUGGUUGUCCCCACAUCCACCCUUGGUGAUGAGGACCCAACCCCCACCGUUAGGCAGUCCACAUUUCAUCAGACUCUGAAUACAGAUGCUCGGACAUGCAAGGACGUUAUAACAGAACUUGGGUAUCCAUAUGAGGCCAUCCGUGUGGUUACUUCUGAUGGAUAUGUGCUACUUCUUGAGCGAAUUCCAAGGCGUGAUGCACGAAAGGUUGUUUUUUUGCAGCAUGGAGUAUUUGAUUCAUCUUUGGGGUGGGUUUCCAACGGAGUUGUUGGUUCGCCAGCAUUUGCAGCAUAUGACCAUGGUUAUGAUGUCUUCCUUGGGAAUUUCCGUGGCUUGGUCUCCAGGGAGCAUGUCAACAAAAAUAUAUCUUCCCAGAAGUAUUGGAAAUAUUCAGUAAACGAGCAUGGGAUCCAGGACAUUCCUGCCAUGAUUGAGAAGAUCCAUGAAGUGAAGGUCUUGGAAUUGAAGACACUUCAAUUCGACGAUUCCUUUGAUGAAACUAAUGACCAACCCUACAAAAUAUGUGCAGUUUGUCACAGCCUUGGAGGAGCCGCCAUCCUCAUCUAUGUAGUGACACGACGCCUCCAAAACAUUCCUCAUCGCCUCUCAAGGCUUAUCCUCUUAUCACCAGCGGGCUUCCAUGAUGACUCAACCCCAAUCUUUACUUUCUUUGAAUACUUUUUACUAACAUUUGCCCCUUUUCUUGCUCCAUUUAUACAUGGUUUUUAUAUACCCACCCGCUUCUUUCGCAUGCUUGUUAACAAGUUGGCUCGAGAUUUUCACAAUUACCCCGCUCUUGGAGGAUUAGUUCAGACCCUUAUUAGUUAUGUAGCGGGUGGGGACAGUUCUAACUGGUUGGGGGCAAUUGGGUUGCCUCAUUAUAACAUGAAUGACAUGCCUGGGGUGUCCUUUUAUGUUGCAUUGCACCUUGCGCAGAUGAAGCGUUCGAAAAAGUUCAUAAUGUACGACUUUGGGAGCCGUAGUGCGAAUAUGGAAGCAUAUGGUAUUGAGAAGCCAUUGGAUAUAGGGGCCUGUUAUGAAUAUAUUGAUAUUCCUGUUGAUUUGGUGGGUGGGCAGAAAGAUAAACUGAUUAAGCCCUCCAUGGUUAGAAGACAUUAUGAGUUGAUGAAGAGAGCAGGUGUCGUGGCCUCCUAUCGUGAGUUUGAGUAUGCUCAUUUGGAUUUUACUUUCUCUCAUAGAGAGGAGCUCUUGGCAUAUGUGAUGUCUCGUUUGCUACUUGUCACACCACCUCAAUAGAAAAGGUCUCUUGAUGAGAAGGGUAUAAAUAUGAACCCGGGUAGCAAGAAGUUGAGCAAAGCAAUGUCUUCCCGUUUGGGAGGGAUGAAUGAGAAAGAAAGUAUUGGACAAAAGGACAAGAGACUGGUUGAUGAGAGACAAAGUAAGGAGCAGGAGGACAAGGCAGUGGAAAGAGAAAGUAAGCACUUUCCACUGGUGUUGUAACAGUUAGUAUGCGAGUAGCUAUGAUUUUGUUUUCUAUGGGCAUAUCACCAUGGGAUAAGUUUCUUGUAAAUUGUGCAGUGUAGUUUGGUGUAAACUUUUGUGGAUAUAAUUUCUUGUGAGUUGUAUCUUGUCUCAUGAUGGUUUGUCUUUUCAAGAUAUGAGUUCAGUUUGCAUUUCAAUUC